AAACCACUAUUAGAUAACUAAAAGAUAACCUUUGUUUGAUAUCCUAUUUUAUUACUUUUUUUUUGAUAACAAUAACAAUUUGAAGCGUAAUUACUAUUUUUUUUUUUUAUAGUUAUUUUUUAAUAGUCGGAUUAGGUUAGAUCUCUUAUGUAUAAACCAUAUACAGCAUGUACAAAAUAUAAUUUAUAAUAAAUUAUUAAGGAAAUAAUAAUAAUUAGUAACUACCUAUUCGAUGUUUUCGUUAAGCUUAUCUAAAUACCAUCAUAAAACAAUCUAGAAGCCAGUGCAGAAGAAACAGAAUCAAUAUUUUAUAAUACAAUUAAACAUAGUUGUGUAUUUUAAUCAGAAAAAUGAAUAGUUCCUGUUUAGUCGAUAAUGAAACAAAGUCACCAUUUUUAAUUGGAGUGGCUGGUGGUACUGCUUGUGGAAAGGUAUACUAAAUUAAAUUAUUUUAUUUUUGCACUUAUUAAGUUAUUAAUUUUUAUUCACCUAAAAAAACAAUAACUAUUAUUUCAGUCAACUGUUUGCAAAAAUAUUAUUGAAAAAUUGGGACAAACUAAUUUAGAUGAAACAAGAAGACAGGUAGUAUCAAUUAGUCAAGAUAGCUUUUAUAGAGAAUUAAAUGCAGUAGAGAAAAUCAAAGCCUCCAAAGGGCAAUUUAAUUUUGACCAUCCAGGUAUUCCUAAGUUAACAGUUAAAUAUAAAUUAAUCUGUAUUUAUUUUUAAUAUACUGUAAACUUGUACCCACUAAAUACAAUUUUUUUUUUUCAUAAGCAAAUUAAACAUAUUUUAAUCAAAAUUGUUUUACAUUUAUCAGAUGCAUUUGAUGAAGUUUUUAUGUACCAGACUCUAACUGAUAUCCAAGCAGGAAAAACAUGUUCUAUUCCAGUUUACAAUUAUAAAACAAAUUCAAGGUGAACAAAUAAAAUUUAAAAUAAAUUAAAUUAAAUGUAGGUAAAUAAAAGUUAAGUAAAUAAUGUAAAAUUAAAUUUUACAUUUUAUAUUUAUUUUGUUUUCAAAAUAAUAUGUUAAUUUAUAAAUUAGUAUUAUAAAGGUAAGGGAUGGAGAUACAUUUUUACACUGUCUAUAUGCCUGACAUAUGCCUUACUAUGGUUGGUAUUGUAAGAAACACCCGACCAGAAAAACAUCAACAUACUUUGCCCAAUGGGUGGGCAACUGUUGUAAGUGAGAAGUUGGGAAGGUAAGACGUAGAUAGGAAUUUAAUGUUUUUAUAUGCAAUGAUUAAUCAUUGCUAACAAAAAACUAUUUUGAGCAGAGGUCGAUUAUAUAUGUUUUAAAAGACCUAUUUGGUGGUUGGUCUAACAAUUUUAUUCACAGAAUAACUAAAUAAAUAAAUAUUAUAAUAUCAUAUAAUAAUAAUAUAAUAUAAUAAUAUCAAAUAAAUAUUACGUAUAGAACUAGCAAAAUUAUACUAAAAUAUAUAAUAUAUAAUAGUAUAAUCAAUUAUAGAUAGGUAUUUAGUCUUGUUAAUUAAUUAUUGAAAUUAAAUUGAAAAAUAUAAAUUAGGAAAUUGAUUAAAGCCUGCACCUUUAGCCAUUUUUUUUUUUUUUAUCAAAAAUACAUUCUGUAAUAACCUUGUAUGUUUCAAUAAUUGUUCUAAUUGUAGUGGUCUUACCAAUCGUAAUCUGGUGUAUAUUAUAAUAUCAGCGGCUAAAAUUUUUUAAAAGAGGCACAUUAUUUAUAUUUUUAGUAAAUUAAUUAUAAAUUAUAUAUUAAAUUAAUACAAAAUAUAUAAAUAAGAAUUGUAGUCCUGUGACAAGAGAGGCGCGUACAUCUAUUCCCUUCUCCUGGAUCUACCACCAUAACCAGGUGUUCCUAUCUUACCGACCAUGGUCAGGCGUAUAGACAUCAAAAUUUUUAAAUUUUUCAUUUAAAAAUUGAUGCUUAAUGAACCUUGAGUAACUUGAAUUCAUUAUUAUUUAUUAAUUUUUUUUAGUAUUUUUUCAUUUUCAAGGUAUUAAACUGAGAAAUAAAAAAAAAAAUUAACUGUUGAUAUACAACUCAUGUUCAAUUUUAUUUUAAAAAUUUGGUGGAUAACAACAUUUUUAAAGUGAUUUUACUCUGCCAGAGUGUAUUCUGAGAAACAAGACUACAGUGUCAAUUUUCCUGUCUGUCUGUGUAGAAUAUAAUUACUAAAUAUAUAAACAUAUACAUAUAAUUUGUUGUAUUUAAUUAUAGGAGUAAGAAAGAUACCAUUGUUAUAUAUCCAGCUGAUGUUGUGAUAGUUGAAGGCAUUUUAGCAUUUUAUUUUCCUGCAAUUAGAGAUUUAUUUCAUAUGAAAUUGUUUGUUGAUACAGAUUCAGAUACUAGAUUAGCUAGGAGAGGUAAUUAUUUUUAGCAGUAUUGUUAAAAAUUGGAAAAUAGCGUUAAAAUUCAAGUGACCGGAACGGGAAUCGAACUUAUGUCUCGUUUUUCGGGGCCUGACCUUCAACGUUAUUUGUGGUUCUCUUAACUUAUCACUAAGAGUAUGUAUGUUAAUUUAAUAAUAUAUAUUUGUUUUAGUUCCAAGAGAUAUUAAUGAAAGAGGCCGAGAUUUAGAACAAGUUUUAAAUCAAUAUAUGAAUUUUGUAAAACCAGCUUUUGAAGAAUUUUGUUUACCAGUAAACUAAUAAUUUUUAUAACUAUUAAUUAUUUCGAUUCAAAAAUACAUUUUUUUUUUUUUAAUAAUUAAUUUUUUAUUGUAAUAGACUAAAAAGUUUGCUGAUAUUAUUAUACCAAGAGGAGCCGAAAAUAUUGGUAUGUUUCUUUUCUCACUAUAAUGUAAUUUUACAAUUUAUUUUUCAACAUUUGUAAUUUGUAUUCUUAAAACAAACAAAUUAAAAAUGUAAAACCAAUAAGAUAAAAUUAGUUUGAACAAAGAUAUAAAAAAAAAAAGAGCUGAUACUGGGGAUGGAAGCUGCCAUUUUUAUAGGUGGGAAGUUGGGAAGGUAGGAUACAUAAGGUUAUUUCAUUUAUAUCUGUAAGCAACAAUAAACUAUUGCUUGACGAAAGAUAAUUCCAAGCGCAGUUCGGUAAUACAUAAUUUGAAGCGCCAUAUUAUUUUUUGCAAUUUUCAUUUAAAUUUUAUUUCAAAAUACUUAUUAAAGAAAGUUUUCUGGUUAUUUUGGAAAUUUUACCACAUCUAGGUAAGUCAUAUAUCAUUAUUAUUACCAAGUUUUAAGUCUCUAUGUACAUUUAUAACCGAAUUAUAGUAAAAAACUCUCAAAAAUUAAAAUUCCUUAAAAGCUCAAAAGUUUUGACGAUGAUACUCUAAAGAAUUAAAUCAAAAAGGAAACAAAAAAGUUGUCUUAUGAUUUUUUGAUUAAAUCAUUUUUCUGGUAGAAAAUGUCUUUCGUGGUUUUAUAAAAAAAUGAAAUUGUGAAAUUGUACAUUUUCUUAUAUUUUUCCCACUUAAUUGCUUUUAUAAAAAAAAAUGGUGUUAAAAAUCAAAAAAAUGACCUCUUUGAAGUAUUAUCUAGAGAACUUGAGCUUUCAGAAAAGUUGCUACACAUAAAAAUCGGAGCAAGUUUACUAGAAAAAAACAUGUCCACAGACUAGAACAAAGAAUAAAAGAAAUAAACAUUUUAAUUAAAUCAAUAGCUCCCUCGUAACGCUCGGAAUCUAAAAGAGCCAAUACUGGGGACGGGUACAGCCAUUGUUGUAUGUUAGUAGUUGGGAAGGUGAAAAGGUGGAUACAUAAAGUUAUUUAUUUAAUACCUGUAACUAACGAUAAACUAUUGUAAAUAAAAAACUAUUCGGAGUGAAGAUAGGUUCUACACGUUUUGAAGGAUAGUAAUAAAUACAAUUUUCAUCAAAAUAACAUAUCAUAGUAAACCAAUUGAUCCCUUGCUACACUCUGAAUCUAAUACCAAAAUAUUUUAUUAUACUACAUUUUAAUUGCAAGUUUAUUAAAUUAUUUAAAGUCUAGCAGAAUUACAUGGAAAAACAUGGAUAAUAGAAUUAAUACAUAUAUCAUUAAUGAAAUUAAUAAAUUAUACAUAAAUACAAUUUCAUUUUAACAAAUGUAUAAUUAAUAAAAGAAUACUAUGUAAUUUUUAUUUUAAAUUAAUGUUUCACAGUAAUUAUUUCAAGAUAACACUUACUAGGAUAUUUUAAAGUUAUCUGAUUAUUUUUACAACUCAAAAAGUAAAUAUUUAUUUGUUGAUAAUGUAUAAUUACGUAAAAUAUAUUAAAUGGAAUGGAAAAUUGUCACUUUUAAAAUAAUUAAAAUUAUAGAAUUGCGAGUUACUUGCUUUUUGACCUUUUUGUAUAUGUAUAAAAAUACUAUAUUAUUAUUUAUAAGCAGAUGUUUUUGAUAAUUUAAAAAAAUAAGAAGGCAUUUAUAAUUGUUUAUUGUACAGUUAUACAAUGUUCUCACAAUAUCCUGUAUAGUGAUCGUUAGUGCUUACCAGCAGUUAUUUCUACUACAAAUUAAAAAAAAUUCUGUCGGUUAACUGACAGUGCUAACAAACACUUUACAAGAUAUUGUUAGAAUGGCCUAUGAUUAUUAAACAACUUAUUUUACAGUUGCUAUUGAUUUGAUUGUGCAACAUAUAAGAGAUCUACUAAAUAGUGAAAAUAGCACACAAUAUGAACUAGCAGAAGGAUUGGUACCAAUCCACACAAAUAAUGUCAAUGCAUCUAGACUACAUUGAACUAAAUUUACAACAAAUUAUGUAUAUUAAUUAUUUCAGUCUACAAAUUUGAAAUUAUACAUAAAAAAAAAAAACAAACUAAAAUUGAUAUUGUAUUUAAUUUUGUGCGAAUAAUUUAUGAACAUGAUUUUAGAGUAUUAUCUUUAUUAUUUAAAUUACAUGUAUUAAAAUAAAAAAAACAAUUGACUUAAUUUUAACUCUUUGUAUUUAUUGAUAAUAAAGUUCAAUAUUCAUACCAUCAUGAAUUUCAUCUGAAGAUA